AUGACACGCGGAUUUGGAGUUCAUGAAGGAGGGUAUCUGCUCUCAUCAUUCUCGCAUCUCAACAGGCGGUUGGGCUGGUAUCAGGUAUCUAUGUCAGCAUCCCUAACGGGGCGCCCAUUCACAGUUUCUUUCUUUCUUUUCCCCCUCCUUUCUUUUGAGACAGUUCCUUGCUCGCCUUCUUGGGAGAUGCAUGGCACACAUCCCACCGGUACAUACCGACCGGUCGUCUGCUCCCGAGUCAAACGAGAUGCUAGGGGGAGUAGGCAAGAGAGAGGGUGA